GCAUUGGCUUUAUCCCUUGUGUGACACUCACAGAGAAACAAACCCAAACCUCACCCACUCUCCCACACAGUCACACCACAUGCUGCAGGACCGUUCGCUCAGGAUGGCCACACAGAGAAAAUGCCACAAAGCAUCAAAAGUUGCUUUCCUAAUCUGUCUUUUUGCCGUCUCCUUUCAAGCUGUGAUUUGUGAUGAAGAUUUGGAGAGCAUCAUCCGUGGGGAUGGUGAUCCAGUCCUUCCAACAGCAAAAGUGAACAACAAAGAAGAUCCAGAGACCUCAGAGAUGUCACAUGCUGAGACCACUGAGCCAACUCAACCUGACACACAGACCCCAGAUCGGACCGACUCAAACCUACCUGAAAAAAACAGUGUGACUUCUAAGGGCAAUGUGAUCUGUGUGGAUAAAAUACCAGAGCGAUACAAAAACAACGUGCUGCUGAAACUAAAGGCCUCCUCCACAUGUGAAGAGACUAAAGUCAGGAUACAGAGUGUUCUAGAACAUCUCUGCGGUGAAGACUGCAAACUUGAAAUCUAUCAGAAAGACGACACGGAUGAGAUCAUUGUUUAUGGAGACAGUAUUGAAGCUGAUCCUGAAGGAAUGGCUGGGAAGUUUAACAACGACAACAUCACCGAUAAGGUGGAAGUAGAGGAGGCGAUAUCUUACAUGGGCCAGCGCUCUAAAAUUGUCCUGAUCUCGCUUCUGAUCACGGGUUUGCUUCUUGCUGCUUUGCUAAUUGCUGGAUACCUUCUAAAGAUCAAUCGAGAACAAUCGAAAGGGCUACGACUGGCUGAGGACUCCUUUCAAGUGGAUCAAGAGAACCAAGGGAACACAUUGCUGUCUGUCGCUCCUCUGCCUCAACAGGAGCCUUUGGACAAGCCUAUCAUCAAUGGAGAGUCUCCAGAAUCGCCCCCGACCAAUGGACACUCUGCCACACAGACACAAGUGGCCGAUACUCCGAUGUAAGAGACUCGGGGUGAAUAAACAUCAUGGGUUAUCAUAAACAACAACAUUAGGUGUGAUCAAAACUGCGGCGGAGAUGACGCUGAGAAAACAAUGAUGAAAGUACGAGAAACUUAUGUGAAAAGACUGAUUGCUGGGCAGCCUUUUGUGUAAACACAAGAGAUAAAAGAACCAAAUCUGUUCCAAUUUAGCCUGAAAUGUUAGUAGAUGAAUAACCUUUCAGAACCCACAUCCAUUAUAUACAAACAUCAAACAUUUAUGCUUUCAAAUAUGUUUGGAUUCCAACAGUGCAAAAAUCUUCUUGAGAUCUUCCAUGCUUAAGGAAUUCGUAAACUGCAUGUAAUGAAUAAGAUUUGUAUUGUACAUGUAGAUGAGCCAAAAUCUUAAGUAUGUACAGUAUUCAUGCUGGGAAAGCAUUUUCAAGUCUACAACUGCUGCUUUACAUAAUCAACCAUGUUCGUUAACAUUAACCCAUUAGGUAUAAUGAAAUAACAAUGAACAAUACAUUUACAGCAUUAAUGAUACUUUUUUAACAUAUCAACUGAACAUUGCUGUAUUAUGAAUGAACAUGGGUUAAUGAGUAAUGGCGCAUUUACAAACUAACAUUAACUUUGAUUAUUAAAUGCUGUGAAAAUUGUUCAUGUCAAAGUUGUUCAUAAUAUCAAAUUCAUUAAUGUUAGCGAACUGAACCUCAUUGUGAAGUGUUAUCCUUAUAACAGUUAAUAUUGUCUGCUUUCAGCAGUUCUUAAAAUUAGGAUUCUUCUUAGCUAGAAUGGGGUUAUCAACCCUGGCCUUUCACUCACAUAAAUGUAGUCUCAUUUUCAAUCGCCUGUGGUAGUAUUUUGCAUUUGCCACUCUGGAUUUGUUUCAUUUCAGUAAGGUUCAGGACAUUUAUGCAUUUCAGAGAUUUUUAGAUUCGGCAGAUGCUUUUAUCCAAAGCAAGACUUGCAUUCAAAGUACAUUUAAUCAGCAUGUGUGUUUCCUAGAAGCUAAACUCAGGACCUUGGCAUUUCUAGCAUUAUUCUCUACAAGCUGAGAUAUGAAAAACUUUGUAAUAAGUAAAAAGCUUGCGUAGUAGAGUGAUAA